GGGAAAACCCUGCCUACGUCACACCCUAAACCACCUGACUCGCAGGGAGCAGCUGCUGGUCACGCCCACUCCUGUAUUAGCUCUCCAGGUUCGGUUCGGUUCGGUGCUGAUUCUGCUGGAGCCUCCGGACCCUGAGCUGCUCCCAGACUCAGAUCUUCUCCCUGAUCUUCUCCCUGAUCAUGUCUCGGAAAGGUGGAAACCGUCCCCCAGAGAUGGAGGUUCAGAUGGAUUCCUCCAUCAUCAGGAUCCCGCCCCAUCACUACAUCCACGUCCUGGACCAGAACACCAACAUCGCCCGUGUGGAGAUCGGACCGCUCACCUACAUCCGCCAAGACAAUGAGAGGGUCCUGUUCUCGCCGGUCCGUAUGAUCAUGGUUCCACCUCGCCACUACUGCGUGGUGUCCAACCCUGUUGCCCGGGACGACAACAACGAGGUCCUGUUCGACCAGUCCGGCCAGGCGAAGCUUCGUCACGCUGACCUGGAGAUCCGUUUGACCCAGGACCCGUUCCCCCUUUACCCCGGGGAGGAGAUCCAGCAGGAUGUGACUCCGCUGCAGAUCGUUUAUCCCGACACGGCGCUUCGUCUCCAGGCUCUGCUGGACUUUGAGGAUAAGGGAGGAGUGAAGCGGGUGGCUGGAGACGAGUGGCUGUUUGAAGGACCAGGGACCUACAUCCCCAGGAAGGAGGUGGUGGUUCUGGAGACCAUCAAGGCCACGGUGAUCCGGGAGAACCAGGCCAUACGCCUGAGAGCCCGGAAGGAAGGCAAGGACAGAGGAGGCGUCCAGAGAGUCACAGGUGAGGAGUGGCUGGUCAGUAAGGUGGGGGCGUACCUGCCAGGAGCCCAUGAGGAGGUCAUCGACAUCGUCAACGCCUUCAUCCUGACUGACAAGAAAGCGCUGCAUGUUCGUGCCCUGCGGCCAUUCAAGGACUCCGGGGGGCGGGACCGGCGUACAGGUGAGGAGUGGCUGGUCACCAUGGCCGACAGGGAGGCGCACAUCCCGUCUGUGGCGGAGGAGGUGGUGGGGGUGGUGGAUGUGACCACCCUGAGCAGCAGGCAGUACUGCGUGAUCCUGGACCCGGUUGGGACCGACGGGAAGCCUCAGCUGGGCAAGAAGAAGGUGGUGAAGGGGGAGCGCUCCUUCUUCCUGCAGCCUGGGGAGCAGCUGGAGAACGGCAUCCAGGACGUCUACGUGCUGUCGGAGGAGGAAGGCCUGGUUCUGCGGGCGGUGGAGGCCUUCGUCGACGAGGCUGAGGAAGCACCAGAGGACGAAGAGGAUGAAGAGGAGGAGCAGAGGCGGGACAGCGCCAAGCGCUCUCGGCAGAGUGGCGUCCUCCGUCGCCCUGGCGACCGCUGGAUGCUGCGUGGCCCCAUUGAGUAUGUGCCCCCCGCCAGCGUGGAGGUGGUCCUGACGCAGCGCGCCAUCCCACUGGAUGAGAACGAGGGGAUCUACGUCAGAGACAUCAAAACUGGAAAGGUUCGGGCAGUGAUCGGACACACCUACAUGCUGAACCAGGACGAGGAGCUGUGGGAGAAGGAGCUGCCUCAAAAUGUGGAGGCCCUGCUGGCCUCUCGGGUCGACCCGCUGGCCGACCGCUCCAACCGUCGCUCAGAUGGUGAUGGGCCCCCGAGGGACAAGACCCGCGUGGUGACGUACAGGGUCCCCCACAACGCCGCCGUGCAGGUCUACGACUACAGGGAGAAGAAGGCCAGGGUGGUGUUUGGACCUGAGAUGGUGAUGCUGGGCCCAGAUGAGCAGUUCACCGUCCUGUCGCUCUCUGGGGACAAACCUAAGCGGGCCAACGUCAUCAAGGCCAUCUGCCUGCUGCUGGGACCCGACUUCUUCACUGACGUCAUCACCAUAGAGACGGCCGACCACGCCCGGCUGCAGCUGCAGCUCUCCUACAACUGGCACUUUGACAUUAAGAAACCAGCCGACGCAGCUGAUGCCACGGCGCUGUUUUCCGUCCCGGACUUUGUGGGCGACGCCUGUAAAGCCAUUGCGUCGCGGAUCAGAGGAGCCGUCGCUUCUGUCCAGUUUGACGACUUCCACAAGAACUCCAUCCGGAUCAUCUGCUCUGCCGUGUUCGGGUUUGAUGAGAAGCUGGCGGUCCGUUCCAAUCUGCGCUUCAAGCAGAACAACCUGGUGAUCAGCAGUGUGGACAUCCAGUCGGUAGAACCUGUGGACCAGAGGACCAGAGACGCCCUGCAGAAGAGCGUCCAGCUGGCCAUCGAGAUCACCACCAACUCCCAGGAGGCAGCGGCCCGACAUGAGGCGGAGCGCCUGGAGCAGGAGGCCAGAGGAAAGCUGGAGAGGCAGAAGAUCAAUGAUCAGGCCGAGGCGGAGCGGGCCCGGAAGGAGCUGCUGGAGCUGGAGGCGCUCAGUGCUUCGGUGGAAAGCACCGGCGCCGCCAAGGCGGAGGCCCAGUCCCAGGCCGAGGCGGCCCGAAUCCGGGGUGAAGCCGCCGUCAACGAGGCCCGACUGAAGACCGAGGCCCAGAGGAUCGAGGCGGAGGCGGAGCUUCAGCGGCUGUCCAAGGCCCGGGAGCAGGAGCUGAACUACAAGAAGGAGAUGGACCGUCUGGAGGUGGAGAAGCAGGAGCGCCUGGCCCAGCUGGAGAGUCAGCGCUUCAAACAGAUGAUGGAGAGUUUGGGCAGCGACACGCUGAAGGAGAUCGCCAGAGCUGGACCAGAACUGCAGGUGAAGAUGCUGCAGUCUCUGGGCCUGAAGUCCACCCUCAUCACCGAUGGCUCGUCACCAAUCAACCUGUUCACCACCGCUAAUGGCCUGCUGGGGGCGCUGCCGGGACAGGGGGCGGCGCAGUGAGGAGGCAUCAGAUACAGAUCAGCGGAGGGUCAAAGGUUCUGGGACCUCCAGGGAUGAUGUGAGGGAACCUUCUGCAGACGAUGGUCCCUGCCUUCAGCUUAUGUUCCUGCUUAGUCUGCGUGCUGAAUGUUGGUUGUGCUUCAGAAUAUCUCGGGUUCUUCUCAUGUUUUGCCUUAAAUGCAAUCACUGCUUUCUUUCAAUCAAAGAUGAUUAAACUGACCUUUAAACCAA